AGAUAAAAUAACAGACUCCAAGACGUUUAAUCCGCGAUGCUGCAGGGCUCCAGUUAAAUGUGUGCAACCCCUCAGUAAUUAACACGAUAACAUGGCAUUACGGUUAAUUGGAAUUCUCCUGGUGGUUAGUGCGGCAGUUUUUGCGAAAAAUUUUGAAGUCAGAGGAUUCCCUGGUUUCGAAGAGUAUGAUGGCGACAUUGCGGGGUUGUUUUAUGAUUCGGGGAAUGAAAGAGAUGAAAAGAAAGAAGAGGCGCGAGUCUGUGAGACUGACGCCUGCAAAAUUCUUGGAAAGGAAUUCUUGAGUAGUAUGAACAAGUCGAUAGAUCCCUGUGAGAAUUUCUAUGAUUAUGUGUGUGGAGCUAUGAAUCCUGAUAUCAUACCGCCUUAUGAAGACAGUUGGGGACGUACAGAGAUGUUUCAAUUUACCGUUCACAAGAGAAUCAAAGGUAUUUUGGAAUCAGAGCCUGAACCCAGUGACAUAUUGCCGGUGAGACAAGCGAAAAAAAUGUACAGGGCUUGCAUGGACCUGGAGGCAAGGGAAAAUCGAGGUAUCAAGCCGCUGGAGUCGAUCAUAAUGCGGACUGGGGGUUGGCCGAUGAUCAUGGAUCCGGAGGAGUGGUACGAUGGGGAUCUAUCCUGGCAAGAAAUUGAGAUGAAUUAUUUCCACAUCGACGGCAAAUUCAGCUUUUAUAAAAUUGAUCCUUCCUGGUGGAGAGCCAUGCACUCAGAAAAACUUGAGAAGGAGAUCAUUAUGGAACCUGCGGAUUUGCCACUUGAGAAGAAGCUUCCUUACGCUUAUCAUAAUUUUACGGAGGACGCAUUGAAGGAAUUUUCGGGUGUGAUAAAGAAGGUUGCCAAGGUAUUCAUUGAGCAUAAUGGAGCUGCUGUGACGGAUGAGAUGUUGAAAAAAGAUAUUGACGCAUUAAUGGACUUCCACACAAAACUAUACGAAGUGAUUAAUGACAACUCCGAAAUCUCGAUAUCAACCAUUGAAGAAUUCAUCAAAGAGUACAAUGAGAAGCUAUCUGAUCUCUCAGAAAGGGAAAAGAUUAAUUUCAAAAAUAUUUUUGAAAUAUUACUUGGGAUGGAGAACAUUAAAGUGGACGACUCCAUCCAAUUGAGCAUUAUAUCAUCGACUUAUUACACCAAUUUGACAAUACUACUGAAAGAAACACCCCUCCGGACUGUUGUGAAUUACAUCCACUGGAAUUUCGUGAGUAAAAUGAUGUUUUACACGACCAAAGAAAUGAGCGAAAUAUUCAUGACAUUGGUAAAGAAAGAAAGCGGAGUGGAGAAGACACGACCACGCUGGCUUGAGUGCGUGGAGAAUAUUAAAAUGGAACACGCGUCUUCCUACGCAUUUGUGGAAAAGUAUUUCGAUAAAAAAACGGAGAAAGCCGCAACAGAGAUGACGGAGAAUAUUCGUCUCGAAAUGGAAUCGCAGAUCGAUAAAUCAAAUUGGCUCGAUGACACCGCGAAAGAGCUAUCGAAGGAUAAACUCAGGAGUAUGAAAGUUUUAAUCGGAUUUCCGGAUUGGUACAGGAACAGAACCGCUGUCAUGAAUUCAUACAAAGGGUUGAAAGUUGGAUACGACUAUUUCGAGAAUGUUCUGAAUUUCGAGAAAUAUAAAAGACGAGAAAUAUUGCGAUACCUGAAAGCAAAGAAGGAACACGAGCCCUGGGAUAUAGAACCCGUGGUGGUCAAUGCCCUUUACGGCCCGGAGGAAAAUCUCAUCAAUAUUCCAGCUGCCGAUUUUCAACCUCCAUUAUUCACUCCAAAUCUCCCUGAUAAUAUUAAUUACGGACUGGUCGGCUGCAUUGUGGGUCAUGAAAUGGGACAUGGGUUCGACGACUCAGGGAUAAAGUUGGGAAAAGAUGGGAACGAAACUAAAUUGUCGGACGAAAUGAUAGAAUUGUAUUACAAACGUGCCGAGUGCUUUUUGGAUCAGUUCAAUGGAUAUUGGGGUGUAACGGAAGGUGAUUAUGACGAUGAAACUCCAGGUUAUGGGAGGGGAAGUAUGGGGCGCAAAACGAGAGGUGAAAAUAUCGCUGACACCACGGGACUCCACACAGUGUUCGAGGCCUAUCGGAAUUUACGAGAGAAAAAGGGAAAACCUGAGGAAAAACUUCCUGGCUUCGAGGAUUACACCGAUGAUCAGAUGUUCUUCAUUUCAUUCGCAGCUACGUGGUGUCAAGUCGUGACCCCCAAACACGCCGAAAUGAUGAAGCAUCAUGAUGUGCACAGUCCUGGACAUUUACGAGUUAUCGGCGCUCUUUCCAACACAAAUGAUUUCGCCAGGGCCUUUCAAUGUCCGGAGGGCAGUGCCAUGAAUCCCGAGGAUAAAUGCAAUAUCUGGAAAGCUGACGAGGAUUUCCUAGCUGACGAAUUGAACAAGUCCCCCUGCGAUAGAAGAAAACGCAGCAGCAGGUGGGCCCUCCACGGAUGGUGAUUUUCUUCAACUUCAAUCCUCCAAUGCACAAUUAAAACAAUACCCUGAUACUUGCAAUUUAUGAUACUUUGAAUAUUGUGAAAUAAACAUUCUGCAAUUUAUUCGA